AUGGUGCAUAGUGGAGGACGCCCCCUUGCAUCACUGAUCAACAACAAUUUCGAGCGCCUGGAACAAGUUCCAAACAGCUCACAUCGCUACUACUGGAAAUGCAGACAUUGCGGAGACACUGACAACUCAUCAGGUGCUCGAAUCCAGGGUCAUGACAACAACCUACCAAACCAUCUCAUCAAGCACUGUACAAAUGCAGUUGCUCUUCUGCGCCAAGCAGCACGUCAAUUUAUUAUGGAAAAGACUGGUGCCCCCACUGAUUCAAAUGCUAUUCUUACUUCACUGGCUGCUUCUGGAAGUUCGACUAUUGCUGCCAUUCCCAUCAAGAAACAUAAAGCUUCGAACCUAGAUGGAUAUAUUGAUCGUCCAUUAAGUAAGGAACAAAAUAACCUAGCGAAUGCAAAGUUGCUUCGCUUUUUCAUUCACGCUAAUAUCCCCUUCCAUGUUGGUGAUGAUGUAUUUUUCCACGAGUUCAUCAAUGUAAUCCGUCCCUCGUAUCACAUACCAUCUCGUUAUGUGUUAUCUCGUCAUCUGCUUGAUAGUGAAGCUGUCCGUGUCCAACAAGAGGAGAUAAACCGACUUAAGGACCGAAAAUGUCUUACCCUUCUCCUGGAUGGAUGGGAGGAUCUACUACGGAGGAGCCUGUAUGGCUCACUUGCAGUUGAGGUCAAUCACCCUCCUGUAGUUCUUGCACUCGAGAAUAUGACUGGGCAGAGAGGCACUGCCGAAAAUCUAGUGGCUGUGUCUCAGAAGGCCAUGAAUCAUAUGGAAGUUGGGGAUGGGAGAAAAUUCAUUGCUGUGACUACAGAUAAUCCAACAGUCAUGCAGUCUUACCAUUGUAGAAACAACAAUACUGUGAGGAACAAAUGA